GUAUCGUCACCGACAAGUUCUGUCGACAAAACCUGCUACCUGCCCACGUUCGGGGAAUCCCCUCACCCAACACUUCGGUUCGAGAGUAGUACACAAAUAGCGUUUGGGUAUGCAUAUUUGUUAGGUAUCACAACAGCGCGUUACUCAAAAUGGAAUCUUUGCAAUCAGCUGGUCCGACUCGCCAGGUGCUAAGACGGACAGGGACGCGGAGACUGGACAAACGGGUGGUCAGCGCGGCAAGGGAAGCAAUUCAGAGUGGCUCUCUUAUCCCUCUCAUUAAGGAGGAGUUGUGGUGUAAGAUUCAGUCAAGGCGUCUGUCAGAGGGACGGGGGGAAUUAACGCUGCUCUCGACACCUCCCGUCACAUCGAAGCUGACCCCCGAUGACGUUGAAAAACGAUGUGUGAGACGUCAGCAGAACAAGCGCGCGGCUAGGCGCUUCCGGGCCAAGGAGAGGGACAAGGGGCAUCAAUUACAGGAGAAAAUAUCGAGUUUGGAGGAAGACAAAGUAACUUUGGAGAGACUGCGUGAAAAUCUACGUCACGAGAAAAUGGGACUUAUUGAAAAGCUGCAGGACCACCUCCUGCAGUGCACAACAUUUGAUGACGUAUUUCACAAUCAUAUUCUUCCUGUUAAUUGGCAGCCAUCACAGGACAUAACAUCCGAUGACCAAACAGUAUCGUGAUACUACUAAAGAAAUUCCACGUGCAUGUUGAUUACGUUACCAUGACAAUAGGACCAACGAUACGUCAUAUCUCUGUUACGGUUAUGGAACAUUUCCGCUCCGAAUCUUGCCGGAAGUGGAGCAGACAUUUCUGUUACUUUCCCUCUAACGACGCUUUUCGGCUGAAACAAUCGUAGUCUGUCACCACACAUUCUAUUGGAAUACGCUCUCAGAGAUAUAUAUCCCUCCUCGUUUAUCAGCAAAAUACUGUUUUUUAGGUUCCUUGUAGAACUCAAGAUAUUGAUUAGCUAUGAGUGAGUUAGUUGGGUCAAAGACGUAUAUACAAUAUAUACAUAACUACAUAUUCUUUGGUUGGGUUUAACGCCGCAGCAUCCCAGUUAUAUCACGGCGUGACAGCUUAAUGUGGGAGGAAAGCCCGAAGUGAUGCAGGUCUUAGACGUUUACAACGUCUGUGAAACUUACGAGUACGGCUGAUAAUCAACUGUUUGCACGUUUGAUGAUGAUGUGAUAGAGAUCUAAUGUUUCAGUCUGUUGAUUUAAAUGUAUGUCCGAAAUCAAACAGUAUGACGAUUAUAAAUCAGAAGAGACUACCGAUAUGCUUAUUAAUGGCGAACGUACCUACAAAUACGUGUAAAGCAUAACGAUACUUACACGUUGUCCAAACCAGAUGGAUUGUUUGAUCGGCAUUACUUAGAAGUUGAUGACAAAGUAGUCACAAUUUUUGGAUAACAGUUUUUUUACUUACUGUAAAGGCGGCGUUUCGGUAUAGAUCCUUAUACCGUUGUCAAGCAAGGCUGAUUUUUCCGGGGUAUCUGUUUGUUGUGACGCGGGAAUUUUUUAAUGCGAAAUUGUUUACACAUACGUGUAUUGGUGUAUUGCAGUUGUACAACCAUAUGUGAAUUGACACUGUUUAUUGCACCAGAUCACAGGUUGUCAAUGUGACGGUCGGAGAAAAAAGAGGCACCGCGUCGGAUAUCCGGGUGCCUCAGACCAAAUGACGCGAUGGUGUCAAACCGACGUGUGGGACACAUGUAGGUGAUGGCAGUAUGUCACAUGUAGGUGAUGGCAGUAUGUCACAUGUAGGUGAUGGCAGUAUGUCACAUGUAGGUGAUGGCAGUAUUUAAUAUUGCCUCUCAGACUGAAAGGGGCUAAUAUAGCUUUCGAAAAAAAACAGUUUCGCAAUAAAAAAGAUUCAUAUGGGA